CGCGUUGCAAUGGCGGCCGCCCCCUUCCCGCCCUUUCUCGUCCCCUGAGACGGAGCGGGGAUGGAUGGCGGAGACCCCCGCUCGGGUCCCCGCAAGAGCUUUCCGGUGGCGGCGGUGGAUGAGAUCCUGAGGGAUGUGUUGGGGAGCUCCCUGAGGGAGCAGCGCUACGAAGCGGAGCGGUGCAGGGAGAUGGUGAAGGAUAUUGCUGAGGUGAUUAAAGCUCGGGUGAAGGAGCUGAUGGUACCCAGGUACAAGGUUGUUGUGGUGACACAUAUUGGGCAGCUGAAUGAGCAGAGCAUGCAGAUUGGCAGCAGGUGCCUGUGGGAUCCUGCAAGUGACACCUUUUCAUCCUAUGUGUUCAAGAACUCUUCCCUGUUUGCUCUUGCAGUUGUCUAUGCUGUCUAUUUUGAGUGAAGGAGGGAGCUGAGUUUAACCCUGGGAGAAAUAUCCAUUCAGCAUUCCUCUUUCUGGUGCUGCAAAUGGUUGUGAGGGACCAAGGCAACAUUUCACCUGGUUUGAAAUGUCACCAGAAGUCUUUCUGCAGUGAAUUCUGUUUCUCAGAGCUUUCUCUGGGAAUGCUGCUCUGUGACAUGCAGUUUUGCACCUAAUCUGCUUUCAGAACCCCCUAUCCCUGUAGUGUUUUGGGUUUUUCUCCAUGAUUUUACCUUCUCUAUAUAAUCCCCAAGUGAAGGGGGAGUAAAACAAAGGUCCCUACCAACCCCUAACAUUGUGAUUUCAGAACUAUCCAUGCAGUUAGUGCACAGCUGAAAGUAGAGCAGUCAGUUAGAUGGCAACAACUCUUUGUGCUCAUGACUUAAAACUUUAAACCACUAUUAGCACUUUGUGGAACCCAAACCACUCAACCUGAGCUGCCCCUGCAGCCCUUUGCCAGUUUGCACUAGUGUACUAAAAUUUAGUGUACUAAAAAAAAAAAAAAAAAAACAACCAAACACAGACAACUGCAAUUAAAGA